UGCACCGAACAGAGCAGAGCAGCCGUGUGCUCGCCGCGCCGUACCACAGCGCGCGGCCUCUCUCCCCAUUCCUCCAUGGCGACCGCCGGGGCGUCGAGGAGCGCGGCGGCGGAGGAAGACAAGAGCGACCCGGCGAGGCCCCUCGCGCUCGCCUCCCCGACGGUGUACCCGGCGGCCGGGGACGCGGAGGAGGAGGCGCAGACGGCGACCGGGUGGCGCUCCAUGCAGUACCUCCGGAAGCGGCGGCGUCGCCUGCUCUGCUGCUGCGGCUGCUGCGUCACCACCGCGGUGGUCGUGGGCGUCGUCAUCCUGGCGCUCGCGCUCACCGUGUUCAAGGUCAAGGACCCGCGCCUGACCAUGAACGCCGUCUGGCUCACGGCCAUCAGCACGGGGCCCGGGGCGGGGGUCGCGAGCCCCGUGGCCACCAACGCCACCAUCACCGCCGACGUCUCCAUCAAGAACCCCAACGCCGCGGCGUUCCGGUUCUCGCGGUCCGAGACGGACGUCUACUACAAGGGGCAGACCGUGAGCGUGGCGUACGCGCCCGCCGGCAGCGUCGGCGCCGACCGGACGCUGAGGAUGAACGUCACCGUCGACCUGCUCGCCGACCGGCUCGCGCGCGCCAUGAACGGCACGGGCCUCAUCUUCGGCCAGGAGUACGAACUCGACACCUACACGGCGAUCAACGGGAGGGUCAGCGUGCUGGGGAUCAUCAAGAAAAACAUCGGGAUCAAGCUCAACUGCACCGCCGUCAUCGAGGUCGGGGGCGCGGCCGCCGCGAUCGAGUCAGGGGUCGCGUCCACCGUGCAGAGCAGGAGCGUGGAUUGUGUUGCGGAUGUGUCCAUGUGAGUCGAUUAGGGAACUGCGAGUUGUUUACAAGAAGAUGCUUUUGAAGCCCCUUUUCCUUUUGUAGAUUGGUUCUGUACUGUAGUCUUUCUGAAUCCUAUAGAUUCUGAUGGGAUGCACAUCAGCUGUUACUGACAUGCAUUUGUCAGAGAAGGGAAAGUACUCCUUGAUACAUGGAUAUUGUAACAUUUCAGAAACAGUCUGCUCAUGUAAACCCA